AUGAUCACUUUCACGAUUUCGAUUCUGUAUUGCGAUCAUGAUCUCGUUUCCCUUUGUGACGAUCUCUCCCGAUCAGGAUCACGAUCUUUUGUCUUCGGAGUGUUUUCUGUUCGCGAUCGCUGUGCUGAUACUGAACUGGUUUUUGAAGUUGAAAUGGAUUCUUCUAUUCUUCUAUUGUGCAAAUAUGGAUCCUAUAGUCUUGUUGUUAAGGUGACAGAAGGUUAUCAAUUUGAGGAUCUUAUUGAAAGUAUUUCUAACAAGUGGAAUGGUUUGGUAUCAAUGAGGUUGUUGUAUUCUGUUUGUAAUCAUCGUAAUAUACUCCUUGAGAAUGAUGAUGAUUUUUGUAAUAUGAUGGAUUUAGCUGCUGCAUAUGGUGCUCAUUGUGUUGAGGUAUCUGUUGAAGAUGGUAAUUGUAGAGUUAGUAGCCGUUUUGAAAUCGGUGAAAGCAGUCGUAGCAAUGGAAAUGGUGGAGUAACUAGUAGUUCACAUUCUGAAAUUGUUGAGGAUCCUCUUGAAAAGUUUUGUCUUCAUCAUGAGACAAAAAGACUUUCAGCUGAUUGGGCGUAUUUGAUUAGUCAUGUUGGUCAAGAAUUUAGAGAUAGUGUUAAGGAUUUUAGGUUAUCUUUGUGUAAGUAUGCAAUUGAAGUUGGAUUUAGGUUCAAGUAUUUGAAGAAUGACCAAUCAAGAGUGACAGCUGAGUGUGCUUUUAAGGCAGAUGGGUGUAAAUGGUUUGUUCAUGCAAUUCUAGACAAAUCAAAUCAAUUUUUUUGCAUUAAGGAGCUUGAAAAAGAACACAGAUGUGGUGCUACAAUUUGUAAUUCAAAAAAUUCUCGGAUGUCUUCAAAGCUUGUUGUAGAAGAAGUUCUUGAUGAAGUUCGUUCAAAGGCGUCGUAUAAGCCUAUAGAUGCUGUUAGAUUCUUCAGACAACGAUACGGUACUACAAUCGGUUAUCACCAUGCAUGGUUAGGUGUUGAGAUGGCGAACAAUGAUACUCAAGGUGAUUAUCCAUUGUCAUUUAACAAACUUCGAUUGUAUGCGGAGGUAGCGAUGGAGAAAAAUCCCGAUAGUGUUGUGGACGUUGAAUGCUGUGAAGAUAAUCGGUUUCGAAGGUUAUUUGUGGUAUUCGAUGCAUGCAUCAAAGGAUUCAACUACUGUCGGCCUUUUUUGUGUCUUGAUGGUACUUUUUUGACGGGGAGAUAUAAGGGAACUGUGCUCGCAGCCGUUGGGAAGGAUGCUGAUAACGGCUUGUUUCCGGUUGCUUAUGGUGUUGUUGAUUCCGAGACCGACGAUAAUUGGCUUUGGUUUUUGUUGAAGUUGAGAUCUAUUCUGUCAGCUCGUGAACUUACUUUUAUAACAGAUCGCCAUACUGGUCUUGUGAAGCAUGUGCCAGAGGUUUUCUCAAACGGAUAUCAUUCUUAUUGUCUGCAGCAUUUGAAGAAUAACUUGAGGGAUAGGAUGUCAGGAAGAGCACCUAAUGGUUUCCGGGAAUGA